AUUAAAAUUUUUCAUAGAAGAUGAUGAAUUUCCUAGAAAGUUGGGCCUUAGUAGCCGGUUUUUAAUAUAAAAAAGGAUCUGGAGCCGUACUGGAGUAAGUCCUCGCUGAAGAAGUCCGGAGGACGCUGAACCCGAGAUCGAUCUUCGGAACGAUGUCCCUGUUCCCGGCAUACGGAUCAAACGAUGAACCAGCGAAAUCAGAAACAGUCGGCAAACCUUGUGAACUUGCGUGGCUCACGAAUCAGAGCUUCAUACCGUUCACGCUAAACAACGAACCUGAGGAGGAGCAACAAGACACCGUCGAUGCAGUAGCCGAUACCUCACCGUACAGAGAUGAUCCAGCUCAUCAUCAAACGAAUAAGGAGAGCAAAAAGCGUAAAAGAAAAGAAAAGAAGAAGCACAAAAAGAAACAAUCUAAGCGGACUAAUCGCGAUGGGAACAGCAGCGGAUCUUCCUCGUCCGCGUCCGAAAGCGAGCAAACUGUUGCUAGUGUGCAGCCACCGGUCCGGAUCACGGAAACCGAUUACUAUACCGACGUUGACGCGCUGAGGAUCUAUUUGACGGUCGAGAAGCUGCACCGCCCCGCUUGUCCACGGUAUCGUCUCUCGACCACAAAACCACUCGGCACGCCCGCUGGCCAUAGAGGUACGGUGGACGAGCGGUACAAGCGAUACUAUCGCGUGCAUCGGAAAGCACGCGAAAACCGCGUUGGUGGAGCGGAAAAAACACAAUCCGAGAUCAGUGAGCAAGAGGAGCGGAUGGAACGUUCGCUGCGCACCGAGGAAACGGCCGAAAAGUGGAUCGAAUUGAUACGUUUUCGACAGGCCAAUCCGCUGCCCAACUUGGACAACUAUCAGAACCACAAGCGUGAGCUGGCCAUGAUAGAACGGGCUCGUCAUCGGUUGCCUGGCGACGCCGUGCUGCUCGAUCUCUACCUAGAAGCGAUCGUUCGCGUGCACCCGACGGACGAGGUGCUGGAGCUGGUGCGCCGUGCCAUCGCUAAGGAUGAAACGAAUGUGCAACUGUGGCGUGCACUGAUACGCAACAAGCAGUGCUCGAUGGCACAGUGCAUCGUGCCGGAUGUGUUGCGUUUGUACGAGAGCAGCACCCGAGCCUUGUUCAUGGCACGCCGGAGCGAUGAAACGAUGUUGCAGCUGUUUAAGAACUGUGCCACCUUCUGCCGGCAGGCUGGUCUCUGUGAGCAGAUGUUCGGAAUGGUCCAGCUAACGCUCAGCAUGAACGUCAGUGGACGGUUCGGUGGUGGUGGUGGCGGCGUCGGUGGCGACGGGCUCUUCGGUUCACCGGAACACUACCACCAGCUGCUUGACUACGAAGAAGUAAUACUGCGGUCGGGUUUACCGAUGAACGAAAUAUGGCUGCGUAUCGAAACGCUACGUACGGCCUUCCACUAUCUACCGUUUGGCGGUGGCCAGCAGCUGCUCAGUGAUCCGCAGCGGAUCGUGCUGAACGAGGAUGUCGUAGGCUUCAUCUAUCCGCUAAUCAACAAGAGCUACUCGUUCGAGCUUACACUCAUCGUGCUGCGACUGAUGAAGUAUCCGUUCGUGAAUGCGAGGCAUUUCGAGGCCGCCGACUGCUUUCAGGUGGAACCGUUCGAGAUGGAUUACCCGGAGCAGUUGCUUCCGCUGCUACUGGACGUCUCGCGGAACCGCACGUACGAUAGAGAGUUGCAUCGAUUCAUUAAAGGUCUGCAAGUGUCACCUUCCUAUCUCAACACCAAUUUGGCCCACGAACAGUACCUGACGAUGGUCCAGCAAUUUCUAACUCUCGCCAUCGAUCACUUCGAAGGUGAACAGAGUGCCCUACUGUUGAUGCUUUAUCUUCAGCUCGAGCGAACACUCGUUUGCUGGGAAAAAGCUUCGACGGCAGCAUCCAACUUCGACGAACAGAAAGCCAAACUGAUCCGCGGACGUGUUAAGACGCUGCUUAAACACACGCACACCUCAAAUCAGAACAAUCUGCUCGUGUAUGCCGAGUACGGCCUGCUGGAGUACGAGCUGACGGGCCUGGAAGGAGGAGCAGCGGCUUGCCGCAAGAUCUUUGACACCUCGGUACAGGUGCACUGUGCCAAUGCGGAACACCAAUCGACGCUAGAAGAAAAGGAUGAGCAGAGGCAUGCGUUGUUUUCGCUCGUCUUGACGAUGGUAGAACUGUUGCUGCUAAAUGGUCACACGACGGAAGCAGUCCAUACCCUGACGAAGCUCGUCCUCAGUCCUAGCGAAGUGACCUUCCGUUCGGCCGGUGAGGAGCCGCUAUCACCAUCGAACACAUCGAAACUAUCAGCCUUACAGAAGCUCAACGAUCAAGUGAACUUAGCGGUACGGCGCGAAACCGAUCUUGGCUCGACCGCACCAACCGUGGAACAGUAUUUCCGUCCUACGCCCUUGAUAACCUCCCUUAAAGCGUACGUAUUCUACCUUACGCUGAUACGGACGGAAGGUUUCAAAGAAGCCGUUCGACAGCUGGAAACUUUGUUGUUCCUGUUUAACGAACCCACCAAUCCACGGCAUCGCUUUUUACGCGAGCAGAUCUACGAGCUCUAUAUGCAGCUGUGCAAUUCGCGCGUUUGCGGCUGGAAGGUGAACACCGAGCCACCGGCUUCUGGUGAGAGUACGAGACAGCUUCUCGAUAUCGUCGAUCGAACGUUGGAAGACUUUCCAUCUAACCUUUACGCGUUACGCUCGAUCGUGUUCAACGAGAGUGUACCGUGGUUCCAGUUACGGCGUCUCCUCGGAAAGCAUCUUUCACCGAAAGCGGUCCUUCUGAUGGUUAUUGGGGCAAGAUUCCGUGCGAACGCCGAUAACGCAGUGACGCCAGGAGAAACGGAUCCAUACAAACAACGGAUAUUGAACCUUUUGGCCGAUGCCGUAAAGUCACCCAGCAUACUGGCGCUUCAUCAGAAUGCUCUACUAUGGCGGUUGUAUCUGCGGGAGCUGUUCGAUCAACCGAAUGCACGACCGGGCUAUAGUGUGCUGGAGCAUUGUCGUCGGGUACUGUACGCUGCGCUGGAAGCGUGCCCCUGGAACAAGGCACUCUACCUGGACGGGGCUUCCGUGGCGCCCCAGGAACUGUCUGCGCUGCUGGAUCUGAUGAUGGAGAAGCAGAUACGGGUGCACGCCAUACCGGAGGAACUGGCAAUAUUGCGCAAUGAAUAGCCUGGACGAACGAACUCAACGUGGGAAUGCGGGUUGUUAAGGUUUAUUCCUAUCGCCCUAUAGCUUACAGCCCGUUUCCGCUUCGGUGUACAUAAUGUAAUCUAUACCGCACCACGGGGACUGACCGAGGCGCGAUCACCCGGUUCCCCGCUCGUACGCGGGGAAUCGGGUGUCCUAGCAUAUCUAACACGCUAACCAUUAAUGACCGCAA